GAACACAAUCAAAACAUCACCGCUUCAGCAAAUUCUCCUUGAGCCUUCAUUAAAAUGAAGCUGGUACAGAAGCACGAGUUAGAUAGUUAAUAGUUCUACAAGCUCUCGUCUACAGAAUCGUUUCUGUUUGAAGUGACAGCAGGUGUUAGUUGUGUUUCUCUGCGGAACCGUAGCUUAGGUUAGGUUAGUUGGUCCAGAUGAGCUCUACACAUAUAAAGACUACCGGCAGCACGAUGGCGGAUAAUGUCGGGUUUUUAGCUGGAAGGAUUCCCGCAGAAAUCGAAGUCAUGUACAAGGAUUUGAAAGAUUUAGAUAAAGAACUUUUCAGGAAAAUCCUUAAAGUUGUGGUAAACGCAGUCGAGGGCAAAGACUGCAGUGGAGCUAUGGUAGAGAUCGCACAGAGCAGUCCCCUUUCAGACGAAAAGUUCAGCCGUAUUGUUUCAGGCAUGUAUGCGCUUCUCAAAGAAGCCUUGCGUCUGCCAUCGUCUUCAUUAAAACAAGAGGGUUUCAAAGAGGAGCUCCGGGAGCUUAGGAUUUCUGAGGAGUUCAUUGCAGAUUUUGCCAGUGUUGUCUUUGGGAAUAGACGAUCAGCACUAGAUGCUGUUUUCACACAGCAAGGCCCAAGAUUACCAAGUUUAGAGGAAUUCAGAUGGAGAGUGGAUGUUGCCAUUUCAACAAGUUCCUUGGCUCGAGCUCUGCAGCCAUCUGUUCUAAUGCAGUUUAAACUUUCAGAUGGGUAUAGUUGUCGCUUUGAGGUUCCUGUGUCCAAGUUCCAUGAGCUACGAUACAAUGUUGCACUUAUUCUAAAAGAGAUGAAUGACUUGGAGAAGCGAAGUAUUCUUAAGAUUCAAGACUGAUGCAUUCCUUAAACUGCCUUCAGAAUGAGCAUGAUUUUUCAUGUCAAGAAGAAAUCUGUAAAUGAUGACAGUUGGUGCAAUUAAAUAAUUGUUACUUUUAAUUACA